AUGGUCCCAUCUCGAUUCCAACCGCUGGCUCCACCGCUCGGCUUCGAACGCAGCCGCCCAAUUUCGCUCGUGCUGGGAUUUUAUGUUGGACUAGUGCUUUUGGAUCGGAAGCUACUGCCUGCUCUAAAAAAAACCUCCAGGAAAUUCUCCAUCCAGUCGCCGAAACGCCACAAAAUGGUGCAUACUAUUCUGCUUAUUCAGCCCACUGUUAGGGCUGACUCUCGCACGUGGUCAGAUUACGAAUCUACAACCGAUUGUCUUGAAGGUAUUUGCAAGAUUUACGAAGAGUUCCUGAAGAAGCAGAAUCCUUCAAUGGCGAGCAUCACUUAUGAUGUGUCUCACUUGUAUGAAUUCAUAGAUAAACUCUCCGAUCUCAGCUGCCUCAUCCUCAAUACAGAUACUUGUCAAUACGUUCCGCAUAACAAAGACUGGAUCAAGGAGAAGAUUUUCGUGAUGCUGAGGACUCAGGCUGGUGGACGCGUUUAG